AUGUCCAUCCAUUUUGGAUGCACCAACGAAACCAGCUUCACCGCAGUCUACAUCUUCCGCACAGAUCCGCUUUCCGCUCAAGUAUUGCUAGCUACCGCUUUAGUCCAGGUCCGCCCACAUCAUGGUAAUCCAAUCACCGCCAGAGUGUUGAUUGAUCAAGGUUCAGAGCUCUCAUUUAUGAGACAGUCGCUCUUCAAGAAGCUUGGACAACCGCUACAGCGUGACAUGGUCAUGCUCAAGGGCAUUGGCAAUGUCUCCGCAGGAAGCUCACUAGGUGUGAGCACAAUUGAGCUUCGUUCGCUGUGUACGACCGCAUUAAUGCAUGUCAGCAUGCAUAUUCUACCAACACUGACGGUAGAUCUUCCAUCGUUCGUGAUCGCUGAUCCGAUAUGGCCGCAUCUUGAGAAUCUCAAGCUCGCUGACCCGCAGUAUCUACAGCCACGCCCUGUAGAUAUUAUUCUAGGUGCAUCACCAGCCGCACAGAUCAUGAACGCAGAGAUUCAACGAGGACCUCGCAAUGCUCCUAUUGCACAAUCCACCACGCUUGGUUGGAUUGUCUAUGGAGCUGUCACCGCUAAACACGCUUCAACAUCACACGCAGCACUACAUGCGUCAGUAGAUACUGAAUUACAAGACGCUAUCGCUAAGUUUUGGGAACAGGAAGAAGUUCCAUCAGGAAAUUCACCGCUCAACACCGCUGAAGAAGACGAAUGUGAAAUUCACUUUCGUCAAACGCAUUAUCGACAGCCUGAUGGACGCUACGUAGUAAGAUUACCGCUUAAGGCCCUUGAGAGUCAACUUGGCGACUCUAUCAACGCAGCUAUGGGGUCACUCCGCAGAUUAAUAACUCGCUUGUCGCGAGAAAGAGAAUAUUCUGACAUGUAUCGUGCAUUCAUGGCAGAAUACAUUCAACUAGGACACAUGGUACGAGUACCAGUCAACGAAUUGCCCGCAAACGCUUACUUCUUGCCUCACCAUGGGGUAUUGAAGCUUGAUAGUGCCACUACGAAGCUCCGCACAGUGUUCAAUGGUUCCUGUGCAACAUCUACAGGAAUUUCAUUGAACGACAUUCUCCACGCAGGACCCAAAACGCAAAUUGACAUUUUUGAUGUGAUGUUGAGAAUCCGUUGCAGCAGGAUUCUAUUCGCUACUGACAUCACCAAGAUGUUCAGACAGAUUGAGGUCGACUCGCUUGAUUGGCCGCUUCAGUGCAUUCUCUGGAUAGAUGAGAAUGACUUAAUAGACGCUUACUGUCUCAAGACAGUCACAUACGGAACCGCUAGUGCACCUUUUGACGCUGUACGUGUGCUUAUCCAACUAGUAAAGGAUGAAGGACACCGCUUUCCGCUAGCUGUUGCUCCAAUGUUGAAAACACGCUACGUAGAUGAUAUCUACGGUGGAGCAGACAACGAAGAAGACGCUAUCAAGGCUGCAGUACAAACAAAAGCUCUGUGUGCAGCAGGCUGCUUCCCGCUUGCCAAAUGGGCUAGCAAUAGCCCACGGUUACUCGCUGAAGUCGCUCCAGAAAAGCAGCUGGAUACACCGCUUAAAGAAAUCAGUGAUGCACCAGUAAAAGUCCUGGGCAUGUACUGGAAUUCACGCACUGACGCUCUCCAGUUCAAGUACACGCUACCGCCAGAUACGCCUAAGACAAAGAGAGCUAUUUUGUCUGAAAUCGCUAAACUGUAUGAUCCGCUAGGACUUCUCGCACCAAUAGUCGUCAAAGCCAAGAUCUUUAUGCAAGAUCUGUGGCUAGAUAGAGUGUCAUGGGAUGAACAAUUGUCACCAUCACUCAUUCACAAAUGGACUGGAUACCGCGAGGAUCUUCGAAACAUCGAAUCCAUCCGCAUUCCACGCUGGAAUAAUAUAGCACCUGGAGCAACUAUGGAAUUGCACGGGUUCUCAGACGCUUCGCAAAACGCUAUGGCUGCCGCUGUUUAUUUGAGAGUCACUGACGCUGAUGGGAACAUAAAGGUCUCACUUUUGUGUUCAAAAACGCAAGUAGCACCGCUGAAGACCAUGACAAUUCCACGCUUGGAAUUAUCUGCUGCAUGGUUGCUAACACAACUGAUACUUCAUGUUAAAGAAGUUCAGUCGCUUGAAAAUGUCAGGAUCAAUCUCUGGACUGACUCCGCCGUGACUCUCGCAUGGAUUAAAAGUCCAGCAAUCCGCUGGAAGACAUUCGUCCGAAAACAAAACCCCGCUGACUGCGCUUCAAGAGGUAUACCUACGCUAAAACUGAAACAACACGCUCUCUGGUGGCAUGGACCAACUUGGCUUCAUGAACCAGAAUCCUCUUGGCCCACUCUGGAGCCUCCAACCGACAACGCAACGCAUCGAGAAGAACGCCAAGGUCUGACACUAGUAACUUGGAAAGCAGAAAAUUGCCUGCUCCAACAAUUACUGUCACAUUACACGCAGCUGUUUCCACUGCUACGGAAGCUUAGCAUCUGGCAUCGUGCCAUCGACCGCUUUAAAAGAGUUCCACAAUCUUCGCUGGCCUACCCGCUUACUCCAUCAGACCUGAAGCGCGCUAAAUUGACCUUGAUUAAGUUCACUCAAGGACAAUACUUCGCUAGAGAGAUUCACACGCUACAAGAUAGUGAUGGUCUGCCUAAAAAUAACAGCAUCACUAAGCUGACUCCGUUCAUCGACCAUCAGGGGGUCCUGAGAGUCGGUGGCCGCUUGAAAAACGCAUUGCUGGACCCAGAAGAGAGGCAUCCAGCGAUUCUACCGCGACAUUCACCGCUUACAUCAAUUUUGAUUGAUGAUUCGCACCGCAAAACGCUUCACGGAGGUACUCAGCUUACGCUCGCUGACUUACGCAAGAGUGUCUGGAUCAUUGGAGGCCGUGUUCCAGUCAGAUCAUUUAUUUUACGCUGCGUUAUCUGCACGAGACAUCGUGGAGAACGCGCUCAACAGUUGAUGGGUCAACUACCCGCCGCACGAGUACAGCCAACUCGAGCCUUCUUGCAUACAGGACUCGACUACGCUGGACCUAUCACGCUGAAAACGUUUCAAGGACGUGGAGCAAAAACAUACAAAGGCUGGAUUGCAGUCUUUGUAUGCAUGUUCAGUUCAGCUGUACAUUUAGAGCUAGUAACUGACUACACCGCUGCCGCUUUCAUCGCCGCUUAUCGCCGCUUCACUAGUCGCCGAGGUAUCUGCCACACGCUAUAUUCAGACUGUGGAACCAAUUUUGUAGGAGCAGAUAAACAGCUGAAACGACUAUUCGCUGCAGGAUCCCGCACAUUACGAGAAUUAUCAACCUUGAUCGCUCAAGAUGGCACGAACUGGAAAUUCAAUCCGCCUGGAGCUCCACAUUUUGGAGGAAAAUGGGAAGCCGCUGUGAAAUCUAUCAAAUUUCACCUUCGAAGAACAAUCGGAGACUCGCUGUUGACGCUUGAGCAAUAUUCAUCGCUACUGGCUCAAAUUGAAGCCAUAUUGAAUUCCAGACCGCUCACACCGCUGAAUGAAGAUCCUGCUGACCUGGCUGUACUGACUCCAGGUCACUUCUUAAUCGGACAGUCACUGACCGCUAUCCCAGAGCCAUCGCUGACAGAUUUACAACCUGCUCGGCUCUCGCACUGGGAACAAGUCCAGCAAAUGGUUCAACAUUUCUGGAAACGCUACUACCAGGACUGCAUCCACCGCUACCAGGCCUUUUCAAAGUGGCAUCAUCGACGCAACCAGAUCAAGGUGGGUUCAGUAGUACUGAUCACCACUGAGGAUCUCCCGCCAACCAAGUGGCCAUUAGCCAAAGUAAUUGCUGUCCAUCCAGGUGAAGAUGGACAAAUCCGCGUAGUAACUGUUAAGACAGUUAACACAGAGCUGGUACGUCCAAUUACAAAGCUCUGUGUCCUGCCGCUAACGCAUGAAGAAGAUGAUCUUGUCGACGCAGCCGCCAACCCGGGGGAGAAUGUUCGGUGA